GUUGGCACUCAUUUAUGCAUUCGCUUUGUCUUCGAUUUUUCAGAAUCGUCUUCGAUUUUCAAACUGUUCGCGGAUCUCACAUAACAGUGGCUUCUUCUGGUUUUGCAGUGUUAUUCGCCGGUUGUCAAACACGUAAACCACGGGGACGAACGAAGACAAUCAGCAAUUCGAUAUUUAACUAUCUUCACAGUCAUCACGUUCACGACACCAGCACAUGCAGGUCCUCGACCCCGAUGGUGACAGCGACCCCGGGGACGAUUCGGACUUCAGACCCACCGGUUUUCCGGCCGCCCGCGAGCGCAGCAGCGGAGCAGACGGCGACGAGAAUUUGUAUCAUGUGAAACUAAAAAUUUUUCACACAGGAGGUGGUGGUACAACAACAUUUUCCGGUUCCUAUGCGGUGCAACCGAAACCACCCGGACAGCAGCUCGUCCAGCAGGACCAAGAGCCGUUGUUCCAGCGCAUCGAGAUUUUGGAGGUCGCCGUGAGUAGCUACGAGGACCUGGCGGAGUUUGUGCGGACGCACCUGCAGGACUGGCACUGCGAGUGGCAGAUGCUGUCGGGCGCCAACGUUCCCUUCACCGAGGACCUGCUGUACUCCCGGCUCUCCAGCCGCCGGCUUCCCGUCUUGGUGUUCGUGCGCAAGGUAUCCUGUGCAAAAGUAUCGUACUCGUACUGAUUGCAAAUAUGCAUGACAAAUCUCCUUCCUAGUAAGGUAAAACAGCAUUACAAAUUCCACUUUUCUUCUUGCCAAAAUUUGUGAUGCAAGUUAUACUAGUACGAUACUUUUGCAAUGCAUACGAGGCCGCGAGCCUGUACCAGCGGGAAUUGCAGGAGGUGGUGGCGCGCGCGGAAACCAAGCUGCUGGAAAAGCUGCAGGACGACCAGGAGGGGCGGGAAUUUUACCUGAAAACCAUGGAGGCGCGGGUGCAGGAGGCCGAGAGGGGCGUGGCGGACCUGAGCGACCUGUUCACGCUCCCGCCGCGGUCGCCGUCCGCGAAAAGUGUGUGGUUCGUGGUGUCCGCGGAGCUAUUGAUUCUGCUGGUGUUUGCGGUCUGGGUGGUGAAACUGUCCGUCGCGCGCCUGGACAAGGACGAGAUGAGCGUGCGCCACUGGGUAUCAAAUGCAAAAAUGUCUGGGUCUGGAAGGAUGCGAACUUGUGAUGCGUGUUGCGGAUCAUACAGAAAUCUGUGUUGCAUGACUUGCAAAAGCAGGUCCCCAUUUCUAGCCAUGCCGAGGGGGCAUUUUUCAUGCAGAAUAGGCAUCACCAAGGGGCUGCAGAACCUGUGAUGCUAGGCCCUGCAUUCGAGACUUGGCGGAGCUUGGAAAAACUGCAUGACAAAUCUCAGAAUCUUCCAGACCCAGACAUUUUUGCAUUUGAUACUGGGGGCAGCGGCUGAACCGGUCGCUGAACGAGCUGGAGGUACUACGGAUUGCAAAUAUGUCUGGGUCUGGAAGAAUACAAACCUGUGAUGCGCAUUUCAGAACACAGAAAAAUCUCUCAUGCAUAGGUAGCAAAAGCUGCCCAAAUUCUGUCACCAAAAUGGGGGAUUUGUCAUGCGGAUUCGGCAUUGCGGAAGCUUCUCGAAGCCUGUGAUGCUAGAGCUUCCAUGCCAGACUUUCUGUGUCAUGCAAAAACAGCAUGACUCUUCCAGACCCAGACAUUUUUGCAAUCCAUAGGUGCAGAGUGCGAACAACUUCACCCUGGCUUUUGGCUUGCUCGAAACGGACAACCGAACCCUCUCGCGCACGGUGAACACGCUGAACGUGACGACGACUGCGUUGAACAUCUCGGAGACGCAGGUCGCGCAGUUGGGGACCGCGCUGAACACGAGCCACGCGAACGCAACCCGUCUUGCCGUCGCGGAAAGGUUUUGGAAGCAGGAUAGUCUGGCAGCGCGAACGGAAUUGAAUGCAACAAGUGCCGAGGUGUCCUCGCUGCAGAUCCGGCUUCGGGCGUCGGAGGCCGAGAUUCUGCGGCUGCAAAGCGCCCUGCAAACCGCGCAGGCGGGGGAAAGCGCGCUGGGAAGCAGGCUGAAUGUCUCCUACAGUGAGCUGAACAACACCCGAGCGGCCCGGUCCGAUUUGCAGCGUGCGCUCGCGGACUCGCAGGGCUUGAUCGCGCAGCUGCGGGGGAAGGAGGGCCAGGAGCAAGCUAAAGUUGCAAAUUUGACACAGGAACUGCAGCGACGGGAGACGGCGGAUGAAGGCAUCCGCAGCAAGCUGGCAGCGACGGAGAAGGCGUUGCAGGACACAACAGGCAAGUUGGGCAAUAUGACACAUCUGAAGGACGUCCUGCAGUACCAGCUGAGUUUGCUGACAAGAGACCUCCGAGACACGAAGUCGCAGCUAGGGAAGGAGGUCGCAAGAGACCGUACCUUGGAAGGGCAGGUCGCGACGCUACAGAGCGAACUCGAUGCAAGUCGGAGCCAAAAUGCCGAUUUGAUUGCGGAAGUUGCGGCCGAAAACCGAACGCUGCAAGGCGAAGAAGCUGUGUUGCGGCAAAGAAAUACGUCGAUCGCAACGACGGAGAAAGAACUGCAAUCCGCACAGCAAGCGAACGCCGGCCUUAGGCGCAGUCUGAAUGUCAAAAAGCAACAGCUCGCAAACGCAACCGAAAAAGUCGCGCAGGAAAGGGCUGACGCGGAAGAGUCCGAGAACUCACUGGAAUUGUCUCGAACCAAGCUGGGUCUGGCGGAGAACGAAAUUAGCACUUUGCAAGCCACUCUGCUAUCGUCGCAGAAGAACGCGACUCGUUUGCAAACCGCAGUCAACGCCGAGGAGGUCCAGGACCGCAAACACCUGAAUGCGUUGAGCACUACGCAAGCCUCACUUGCCUCCUCUCGCGCAGAAAUUUCCAGCCUAAACGGCGCAUUGGCCUCCGCAAACGGGAACGCGACCGCGGUAGCGAGGGAAGAGCAGGCUGAUCAGACGACAAUCAGCGAUCUCCGGGCCAGACUCUCCGCCGACGUCGGGAAUGCGGCCGCAUUGCGGACGCAGUUACACGACAGUCGAACCCGGUCGCAACAGCAGAUCCAAGCCUUGCAGGCCAAACUUGCGCAGUGUGAGAAGCAGAAAUCCUCGACAAUUAUUCCGCCGACGCCUUUGACUAGUACGUCUUCAACGACGACGAGCACAACAACACUACCAUUCCCGCUCCUCGGUCUUCCGCCAAAAGAAAAGAUUCCCUCAGCCGAACAAAUAAAUGGGCUCUCGAAAAGUAGAACAGCAUCCGUAGUCGAGGAAAUGCUCGAGCUCUUUCGCUCGCCCACUGUCUUCUUGGGUCCCGAAGCUAGAUGGAGCAGCAUAUUGCGCGGCCAAAGUGGAGGAGAUGCCUAUGACGACCGCGUUAGCAAAACAAGAGGCAGCUGGAUUGGCGGAGAUGAACCAGAUGCCCAUGGCCAACAGCUUGCUCCGUUGAAGUAG